UUCUCUGGUGCGGGUCUGUAGCGCUCUCUAGAAGAUGUGCUGAUUUCAGUGCAAAGACUACUCUGCUUUUCUGAAAUAAUUCCCAGGAGAACCGCAGGCUCCUGGGGGCGUGAUUGCUGUGCUUUGCCAGCUUUUAUGGACAAUGGAUCGAAUUGUUCCUGUUACAGUGCUACUUUAAGUGGGGCAGAUCUCUAUCUUUUCUUCCUUACGUGCUCCAGCAGUGGCAGAAUCUUUUCUCCAAUGUCUGCAUUUUCUUGCUUCAAACAGUCGAGUCAUGCUGUGUCCUUCUUAAUACUCUAAAUCUGUAUUUCUGGGCUCCCAGUGGCACCUUAUUUGAAAGAGCUAAGCGUGCUUCUUUGAUUUUUUGCUUAAGAUGGGCAGGGAGAGGAAGACAGAGGAACAGAUCCAAACAUCUCUUUUUUUGCAGGUGUGAACACUUUGAUGUGUUCUCUGAGGAGAAGCAAUGUCCUCUUUAAAUAAGGGAAGGAAGCAGAGUGGUGGGAUUAGCCAAGGAAACUGUUCUGCUUUCUGGUUUAAUGGGUUCUGGUGCAUCUCUGACCCUGGCUGAGAUGGUGCUUCAACACAUGGUAGAAAUGCCUUGGCUCCCUCCAAUAAGGUGCUUCUGCGUAGAGCCCAUUGGUAUGCACUGCUGUUGAGCGAUUCCUAGCAGCACGGCAAGUCAUAUUACGGUGCUCAGGAAAAGCUCUUGCUAAGCCGUUGGGUAACUGUGUCUUUUCUUGUCUUCUGAACCUCCAAGAAGUGAAGAUGACCAAGAACAAGGAUAAUAUCCCCCAUGAGUUAGAGAGCCAGUUUAUUUUGCGGCUGCCUCCGGAAUAUGCUUCUACGGUGCGGAGGGCUGUUCAGUCUGGGAGUGUCAACUUGAAGGACAGACUCACUAUUGAAUUGCAUGCGGACGGCCGUCAUGGCAUCGUGCGAGUCGACCGGGUCCCCUUAGCAGCCAAGUUGGUGGACAUGCCCUGCAUCAUCGAAAGCUUGAAAACCAUUGAUAAGAAAACCUUCUAUAAGACUGCUGACAUUUGCCAGAUGCUUGUGUGCACUGUGGAUGGAGAACUCUACCCUGCUUUGGAGGAACCAGCUGUGAGUACGGAUGCUAGAGCCAACAAGAAGAAGGAUAAGGAUCGGGAGAAGAAAUUUAUCUGGAAUCAUGGCAUUACGCUCCCAUUGAAGAAUGUGAGGAAGAGGAGGUUCCGAAAGACAGCCAAGAAGAAGUACAUUGAAUCACCAGAUGUAGAGAAAGAAGUGAAACGCCUUCUGAGCACAGAUGCUGAAGCUGUCGGUGUCCGCUGGGAAGUCAUUGCUGAAGAUGAAACGAAGGAAGCUGAGAACCAUGGGUUACUUACAGGCCUGGAUAUUUCUUCUCCUGGGAUGUCUGGACACAAGCAAGGCCAUGGAUCUUCAGGUCCUUUUUCCUUCUCUGUCCAACCAGCAGAACGUGAUGAGCUCCGGGAGAUGUUUAAUGAAAUCAGCAGCAGCAGCAGUGACGAAGACGAGAGGGAUCACCACGAUGACGAAGACCUGAACGUCAUGGAUACAGAGGAGGACUUGGAGAGGAGGCUGCAGGGCAAGCUGAAUGAAUCCAGCUCCCAGCAGCAAGAGAAUGAAGGGACCAGCCAAAUUGCAGUUGGAAUCCAGAAGCAAAUUGACAACCUGAAAGGGAAACUUCAGGAGACGCAAGAGCGCAGGAAGCGCCAAGAAGAUCUCAUCAUGAAAGUGGAGAAUCUGGCGCUCAAGACCCGCCUCCAGGCCGUGCUGGAUGAGUUCAAACAACAGGAAGAGCGAGAAAAGCAGCAGCUGGCAUCUCUUCAAGAGCAGCUAGAAGUUCUAAUAGAAAAAUGAACUUCCAAGUUUUGAAGAACAGAAGCUCUAAGUUGACUGAAAAGUCCCUUCUCUUGGUGCUGUGGCCCCCAGAUUCUCCAGUGCGGGCUCAUCCUAUGUUCUGUGCCAGUAAGCAAGUUCCUCUCAGAGUCUAGACAUUUAGCCAGGCCCCAGGAGUUGCAUCUUACAAAUGCUGUUUACAAGACAUGCAGAAAAUGUGAAUGCUUUGCAAAGAAUGGAGUUUCCUAGAAGACGGCCGCAAAAACAGUCUUCACUGCUGAAAGGAAAAUUUGCUCCAGGACAAUCUUGGUUCUUUUUCAGCUCUGCAUCUUUUUGCUUUCUGAUAAGCCAAUCUUGCAGUUUUGGGUGGUGGUGCUGGUUGUUGUUUUUAAAUAGCAUGAAAUUAAUUCUUCCUGGAAUGACUGGUGACAACAUUGUGCUCAGAGGCUGUUUUCCUUAUCUGUAAAUACUGAUUGUGAGAAUGAAGACAACAGUUUGCAUCUUAACUUACCUUUAUACAUUCUUAAUUUUGUCUUCAAAAGUAUUCUGAAAUAAAAACCAAUUUGUGUAUA